GGGAUUUUCUGUCUCUCUUGAGUGAUUGGUAGAUUACUAAAUUAUUUCUCUUUUUUGGCAGAAUCAAGCUAGUUCAGGGCAAUCUAGACAAAAAGAAUCUUCACUGAGAUGGAACGGCAUCUAGAAGAAGUUUCACUGCACUUGGAGAGGUUCAAAGAUGCGUGUUCCAGCAAGAAUUACAGUACCUGUAGAGAAGUCUUGUCUCGCCUCAAGGAUAUUAUCGAUGAAAAGGAAGCCCAAGAAGGACUAACUCUGCCACAAACUCAUGACGGAAUUGAAGAAAAUGAGCAUGUUGAAGAGCCUCAAGACUUUGAUAACAACGAGCAACAACAGAUUGGUGACCGGCUAGACUUUGAUAACAACGAGCAACAACAGAUGGGUGACCAGCUACUGCAUCAGCAGUUUUUUGAUGGAAUACCUGAAGAAAACGAUCUUGAGGAUCACCAAGAUUUUUCAAAAAUUCCUUUGGACGAAGGUUAUCUUAAAGAACACCCUUGGGGAUAUUUCACAACCGAGAAAACUUCUGAAGAGUUGCAAAAGAACGAACAGCAGAAGCUCGGUGGAGCAAAGGCACAGCAGAAGCUCGGUGGAGCAAAGGCACAGCAGAAGCUCGGUGAAGCAAAGGCACAGCAGCUCGGUGGAGCAAAGGCACAGCAGAAGCGCGGUGGAGCAAAGGCACAGCAGAAGCGCGGUGGAGCAAAGGCACAGCAGCAGCUCGGUGGAGAAAAGGCACAGCAGCAGCUCGGUGGAGAAAACGCACAGCAGCAGCUCAAUGAGGAGCCUGUACGUCGAUCAGAACGACGCUUUACACCGACUAAAAGGCGUGAUUCUGAAGAGGAAGAUUCUGAAGAGGAAGAAGAAUAGUGAAUGAUUCUUUGGUUUGACUGGAUGACAACUACUUGAUCUUGUGGUUUGACUGGAAGUUAACUCAUGAUACCAAUAGAUUACAGCAAAAACA